UCUCGCUUGUACCACUGACGAACGCCAGACUCGAUCUUCACUAACUUUUUAAUAAUGUCUCCCCCUCAGCGCGUCAAAGCUCUCAAACCCUCGUCCCCCUUCCUGAAGCUUUCAUCUGACCUCGUGCAAAAUGUUCUGCGUCGUCUCGACAAGUCUCGUGAUAUUUCGUCUGUCUGUCUGUGCUCUAGAACACUCCUUGGUGCGGGAGAACGUGUUCUGUACGAGGCUCCUGUGGCGACGACUUUCAAGAACACGGAGAAGCUUCUGAAGACGCUCAUUGACAAGCCCAAGCUGGCACUUUGGGUUGACGACAUACUCCUUAAAGCGUCCGGCAUGAAGCCCUCGCCUUUGUUCCUCGAGUUAUGCGCGAAGGCGAUCCGUCUGAUGCACAACAUAACGAAGCUCAACGUGACGUCGCUACCCGACGUUCCUGCUCUCCUUGGCGCUCAUGUCCUACCGAACCUGACGCAAUGCUGCAUCUCCGAUCGGAAAUCUGCUCUUCCCUUCCUCGAAGCUAACGCCUCCACAAUCGAGGUGCUCUUACUCGCUGACAACGACAAAGGCCCUCGUGGCAUUGACCGCAAGAUCGAGCUCCCCCGCCUCAAGCGUGCUGAUCUCCCGCUGUCCUCCGCGCCCUUUGUGCUCCCCGGGACCCAAGCCACCACGGUCGACCUCUCCGUUACCUCCGACCCCGACAAGCGCCCCGCGGAGCUCAAGAACUUCGCCUUCCUCGCCGGCGUCCCCAUCACCAGCCUCACCAUCACCUCCGAGCGCCUCACGAGCGACGUCAUCCCGCCCCUCGCGCGCUAUACAUUUCGCGAGCUGCAACAGCUGAUCUUCGAGACGACCCGGCCGCACACGGCUGCCCAGCGCAAGCGCUUCUUCGAUACGCUCGAGAUUCAGAUCGCCCUCAUGCGCAAGGUGCGCACGAUCAUGGUGCCCGUGCCGCCGGGCCAGGCGCGCUUCCCGGAGCCGAAGGACUUGGACGAGAUGGCGGCCAUCUGCGAGCGGCUCAGCAAGCGCUGCCCGUCGCUCAAGCUCGUAAGCCCUGGCUUCAACCUGCAGUGGAAGCCCUACGACGGGUUGUGGGUUCCCCUCACCCCUGCGGUCGACUACGACAGAUACGUCGAUCUGAUUGGGCUCUGGACGUUCAAGCGUAUGGCGAGGAACCCUUCCAUGCUCAACGCGAUGCUCCAAGAGGCCAAGCGGGAGGACCCGACGCGCGUCAGGGAGUUUGAGGAAUCGCGCGGGAUCAAGAUGCGACCUCUCAACGUUCUUCGGAGGGCGGCUGAGGCGAGGAUUCUGAGUACGGAUUGGAUUGAACAGAUAGCAACAUAGAAGGGGAUACAUGGACGAGCACGAAACUGUAUGCAUAGGCACGGCGCUGAAUCCGUUUCAACCGUG